CUUGAGGGUAGGUCUCCCUACUGUUCACUGUACUCCCUGCCCAACUCCCGAUUAGAAAAGGUAUCCAGAAAUGACUCCCUAACAACCAACAAUAUAAGUUCAUGAGGGCCCUUUCAUGGUGGCUGUUUUGUGACUACACCAUAAGAAGUUGGGAACAGACAAUUCUGGGAACAAUCCUGGGGUGGACCAGUAUUUGAUGGAAGAGAACUAUGCUCCUGAGAUGCCACAAGAUGGAGUCCCUUCCUCCCAUCAACUCAGAGCCACUCGCCAAGCAACAGCCCUGGAAUUUCCAGUGCUCAGAACCCAGUGACAUCAUCUUUAGGCAACAAUGGGGCUUGGGCCUUCCAAAGACUCCCAUUGGUGGACAGAUUAGUGGGGGAGUUCAUUCUUUGCCGAGCCAUGGGCCUGGUAACAAGUCUCAACGGUAUGGAUCCUCAAAUGGAGAACCUGGGCCUUCCUGGCACCUGGGUCGCUCUAUUCUUUGGACUCAUGGGACUGUGUUGUGUGGUUACCGGUGGCCUCAUUACAUUUCUGCACUGGAGGAAGAAGCUGCAGCGGGAGAGGCGUGCCCAGCAUUGGGUGGAAGUGAUGAGAGCUUCCUCCUUCGCUUACAGCCCAUACUUAUACUGGCUAAAUACCCAGAGACGUCAUGGUAUCGACGCAGCCAUGAAUAAAGGUCCUUCUCCAGCUGUUACCAACAUGGAGAUAAAAUUACAGAUCCCAGAUUGUGUGUGGGAGACAGACACCCCUGAAGACAGGGGUUAUGGCUGCAAAGGCAGCAACCCCAGGGCAGAGACCCCUGUUGCUAUGGAAUCUGCUCUGGUGGUCUCACGGCAGCCCCUACCGAAUCGGAUGACACAGCGCCAGACCAGAUCCCCAUUCCCGAUCCUCAUCUUUGAGGAGAUACCCUUUGCCCCACCCCUCCACAAAAUGCCUCCCAUGCUGGAUCGUUCGGCCUCCUACCCGAUGGACAUCUAUACUCAAAGGAAUGUCCAUUCCCUUCCCACACUGUUCCUGGAGUGA